AUGACUGAUUUCAACCUCUUUGAUGUUCCACAGCGGGCUGAGCUAAUGGAUCUCACAGAAAGCCCAGACAGCUUAUCCAACUAUACAAACCUUACUGAAGUGGACAGCAGGUGUAUAAGAGACAAUGCUGUACACAGGGUGGCAUUCCCUGUGCUCUACACAAUUCUCUUCAUUGUGGGGAUUUCACUAAACAGCCUGGCUGCCUGGGUGUUCUUUCAAAUCCCCAGCAAGUCCAAUUUCAUCAUUUAUCUGAAGAACAUUGUGGUAGCCGACCUUCUCAUGACCCUGACGUUUCCCUUUAAGAUCCUUCGUGAUUCCAAGCUAUGUCCUGAAUACCUUAAAAUAAUCGUCUGCCAGGUGACCUCUGUGGUCUUUUACUUCACCAUGUACAUUAGCAUCAUACUCUUCGGGUUAAUAAGCAUCGACCGCUAUCAGAAAAUAGUGAGUCCGUUUAAAAAUGCCAAAACAUUGAGCUUACAGUGUGUAAAAGUUCUGUCAGCAGCCAUCUGGGCCUUUAUGUUUUUCCUUUCCCUACCAAAUAUGUUUCUGAUAAAACAGGAGCACGUUUCUGAACAUUUCAAAUGUGCUUCCUUGAAAACAGAGUUUGGGUUAAAGUGGCACGAAGUCGUCAACUAUACUUGUCAGAUUAUUUUCUGGGCUAAUCUAGCUGUAGUUACUUUUUGCUACGUUUUAAUCACUAAAGAACUGUAUAACUCAUAUACCAGAACCAAAAGCACUAACAGAAAGGGUAGGAAAACUGUCAAAAUGAAUGUAUUUCUAGUUUUAGCAGUCUUUAGUAUUUGCUUUUUGCCAUACCAUUUUUCACGCGUCCCCUACACCAUGAGCCAGACAAGAGACAUGUUUCGGUGCUCACUCAAGAUCAUCCUGUUUCAAGUGAAGGAAAGCACGCUGUGGCUUUCCUCUCUCAACUCAUGCCUUGAUCCCCUGAUCUACUUUUUUCUCUGCGAUUCAUUCAGAAAGUCACUUUUUAAAACACUGAAUCUAACUUUCUUCAGAUGCUUUUCAACCAGAAAGAAAGUACAGGAACGCCCCACUGAAGGUACUCCUCUUAAAGCUACUUCUAUCUAGGAGAACGCGACCAGUCGAUACACCCAAUUCUGUGUACAGAACUGACAAUUCAAUGCUCUGGCUUCAAUACCAGGAAUGUGACUGUUUGUUGUUUUAAUAGUAUUUAUUUUAAAUACAUUUUUAAAAAGGCACAAAAUGA